GGGAGCGGUGCGGGGUUUAAACCCGAGGCGGGGCCGGAUUCCUCCCGGCGUGCUGCGGAGGAACGGCUGUUAGCUAGUGGUGGCUUCAAGGUCCCCGGCUGGUCGGGGCUCCAGUGCUCUGCUUCUCCCCUCUGAGCUGCUGCCUGGUACAGAGGAAGCCAUGGCGCUCCGGAUCACCAGGAACACGAAAAUUAAUGCUGAAAAUAAGGCGAAGAUCAGUAUGGCAGGCGCAAAGCGCGUGCCUGUGGCCUCUGCUGCAACCUCUAAGCCCGGACUGAGGCCAAGAACUGCUCUUGGAGACAUCGGUAACAAAGUCAGUGAACAGCCACAGGCCAAACUGCCUCUGAAAAAGGAAGCAAAAACUUUAGCUGCUGGAAAAGUUGUUGCUAAAAAACUACCGAAACCUCUGGAAAAGGCUCCUGUACCUGUAGUAGAGCCCCAGCCAGAGAGGGAGCCCGAGCCUGAACUGGAGCCUGAACCAGAACCUGAGCCUGUUAGAGAGAAACUUUCCCCUGAGCCUAUUUUGGUUGAUACUCCCUCUCCAAGCCCCAUGGAAACAUCUGGCUGUGCCCCCGCAGAAGAAUAUUUGUGUCAGGCUUUCUCUGAUGUAAUUCUUGCAGUGAAUGAUGUGGAUGCAGAAGAUGGAGGGGAUCCAAACCUUUGUAGUGAAUAUGUGAAAGAUAUCUAUGAUUAUCUGAGACAACUUGAGGAAGAACAAGCAGUUAGACCAAAAUACCUACUGGGUCGUGAAGUCACUGGAAACAUGAGAGCCAUCCUAAUUGACUGGCUAGUGCAGGUUCAGAUGAAAUUCAGGUUACUACAGGAGACCAUGUACAUGACAGUUUCCAUUAUUGAUCGGUUCAUGCAGGAUAAUUGCGUGCCCAAGAAGAUGCUCCAACUGGUUGGUGUCACUGCCAUGUUUAUUGCCAGCAAAUAUGAAGAAAUGUACCCUCCAGAAAUUGGUGACUUUGCCUUUGUGACUGACAAUACUUACACUAAGUACCAAAUCAGGCAGAUGGAAAUGAAGAUUCUAAGAGCAUUAAAUUUUUGUCUGGGUCGCCCUCUACCCCUGCAUUUUCUUCGGAGAGCAUCCAAGAUUGGAGAGUUACAUACUUUGGCCAAAUAUCUGAUGGAGCUAACUAUGUUGGACUACGAUAUGGUGCACUUUCCUCCUUCUCAGAUCGCAGCAGGAGCUUUUUGCCUAGCCCUGAAGAUUCUUGAUAAUGGUGAAUGGACACCAACUCUACAGCAUUACCUGUCAUACACUGAAGAAUCCCUUCUUGUGGUUAUGCAACACUUGGCUAAGAAUAUCGUCGUGGUGAAUCGAGGGCUUACAAAGCACAUGACUAUCAAGAACAAGUAUGCCACAUCUAAGCAUGCUAAGAUCAGCACUCUAGCCCAGCUGAAUUCAGCACUAGUUCAAGAUUUAGCCAAGGCUGUGGCAAAGGUGUAACUUGUGAACUUCGGAAUACUAUAAUAUCUACAAAUAAAAUUGGCACCAUGUGCCAUCUGUACAUAUUAUAUGUUACACUUAUUUACUUUUAAUAAAGUUUGUAGUCCUUUUACUUCUUAA